AUGCCAACAGCGGUCCCAGGUCGGUCAGGCCCUCAAGGUCUGCCAGGAAUUCCUGUCCCAGCGCUUGAAACGCUCGAGCAGCGCCUCUAUGACCUCCUCGCUCCGCUCCGUGAGAUCGACCUUGAUGGCGACGGCGACGACGACCUUCCAUCUCGCAAGGACGAGUGCAAGGCGUUGAUCCUUUGCGAGAACAUCGCCUUCCUCAUCCGCCACAACCAGGCCAGCUACGGCAAGCACAUCGAACCCCAAGACAUCUCUUUCGCGACGAAGAACUGGGCCGCCAAGACGACAGGCAAUGGUGUGGUGGGGAUCGGUGUAUUUGCUAACGGUAACGGCUUCUCACACACCAUUUUGAGGGCAACUGUGGGAAAGGAUGAUUAUGUGGUCGACAAGCUGGCUGAGGUGGCGGAGCAGCUGCUGCUGCAGUUCUUUCCCGGUAUGUAA